AGGCACCAUCUUAUGCUUAGUAGAAUGGUGCAAUCUGUGCCUUUGGUGUCUCUUGUGUUUCAGAGUUGACAUUGACAUCCCCUGAACUCAAUGUGAAUGAAUGAAUGAUAGUAUUUCUUCACUUGUUGUAAAAUGCAUUAGAAUCUUUCCCAUUGAACACACAUUUUGUGGCAUGAAAUUACCCAGCUUCUUCCAAAUACAAUAUUGUGUCCUUUUGCAGGUAAACCCAAGAUAAUGGAGCUCCAAAUGGAUAGAAGAUUCCACAACUUGACCCUGGAGCAAGUCCAGACUCUGGACCAGGUGUUGACAGAGGUGAUCCCCAUCCACGGCCGAGGGAACUUCCCCACCCUGGAGGUGAGACCCAAGGACAUCAUCCACGUAGUGAAGGACCGGCUUGUGGAGAGGGAGAUCAGGGUCAGGGACAUCCGCCUCAAUGGCUCCACCGCCAGCUAUGUGAUGGUCAGGGACAACGGCACAGGCUACAGAGACCUGGACAUCAUCUUUGGAGUGGAGCUGCCUAGACAGGAGGACUUCCAGGUUAUCAAGGAGGUGGUGCUGGGCAGCCUGCGUGACCUCCUUCCCCAUGGGGUCAACAGACGCAAGAUCACCUGCGUCACCAUGAAGGAGGCCUACGUACAGAAGAUGGUCAAGGUCUUCAAUGAGCACGACCGCUGGAGCCUAAUCUCACUGUCCAAUAACAGGGGUAAGACUGUGGGGCUCAGGUUCGUAAAUUCCCUGCGACGACAGUUUGAAUUCAGUGUGGACUCCUUCCAGAUUAUAUUGGACCAUAUGCUGGAGUCAUAUUGGGAGACUGAGAGGAGGCAAGGGGGUCAGUGUGAGGGAUUGGAGUUACAAAAUGGCAAUGUGUUAUAUCUAGAUAGAGGGGCAGAGAAAACCAUAAUGGAACCCCAGUACCCUUCCACCUCUGUGAAUCUAAAAGAAGAUAAAGACAAUGACUCAAUGAUGACACACUUCACUGACAGUCUGUGCCACAGUGAAGAGGUUAUUGUUCAAAAGGAAGAAUCAUCUCAUCUGAUGGAUGUGCAUGCAACUGGAAAGCAAGAGGAACAGGAAGUGUUAGAGAAAGCAGAGCUAGACCUGGGAUCUCUGGAGGAUGAGGAAGAGGUAGAAGAGGAGGUGGUGAUAACGGUUGAUACAGUAAAAAUACAAUUUGUUCAGAAUACAGAUUACCUCUCAGUUAUAUCCUCCAAAACAAUGACAGAAGAGAUGGAACCGCUGGUGCCAAAUACAUCUGUAGACCCUCAAAGUAACACAGAGGAGUCAUUGAUUUCUGAGUCAAAAGACAUCAAUCCAUCCCCCAUGUUGCUCACAGAGAACUCAGCACUGCAACAAGAGCAAACUCAACUUCAGGUGAUACUUCAAGCCACAUCCCAAGACUGCACUGCAGUCACACAAAACGUACACCUUGAACAUUCAUUCCUUCCCCCAGCCAAGAAAACCUGUGACACAUCCCAGCAAGUUGUCCCUGACUUUUGCCCCUCACCUAAAUCUCCAAGGAAGAUGUCACGAAAGAUGAGCAGCACUUCAUCACUCCCUGAAAAAUGGUCUUUGUUAAAAGAUCUGUCAGAUCUUACAACACAGCUGUUUGAGCCUAUAGAAAUACUCCCAACAAUACAACCAAAUCCCUCUCUAAUAGACACUGAUCAAGGCCAUUAUUCAUCCUCCUCAGGGUCCAGACAGAGGAACUCAGAGAGCACUAAAACACUCACAGAUCACCUUACUCCAGCUGUUUCAUCCCAAGAUAAAAACAUAUCACCCCACAACAUAGAACAAAUAGUCAGGCUGAAAUACUCAAAAAAGCCUCCCGACUCAGAACCUACUCAGGAAUCAGUGUCCCUUCAAACCACAGGGGACAGAGUCCCAGAGUCUGAGCCUGCUGCUGCUCAGGAACCAGGGCCACCAGAGACAACCACAGUCUUUCCAGGGCCAAGCUCGGCCUUAAAAGACAGGGUCAGCAUCACUGUGGUAGCAGAGUGCAUGUACGGUGACUUUCAGCAAGCCAUGGAUCACCUGCGCUUCCGACUCAUUGCCACACAUAACCCAGAGGAGAUCAGAGGAGGUGGGCUUCUGAAGUACAGUGACCUGCUCGUGAGGAACUUCAGGCCAGCCAGUGAGACAGAGAUCAAGUCCCUUGAGCGUUACAUGUGCUCCCGUUUCUUUAUUGACUUUCCUGACCUCAGCGAGCAGCAGCGCAAAAUCGAGGCCUACCUGCGCUGCCACUUUAUUGGCGAUGAGGAGACGAGCAAAUAUGACUUUCUGAUGACCCUGCGUCGGGUGAUAGAUGAGAGUACAGUGUGUCUGAUGGGACAUGAGCGGAGGCAGACACUCAAUAUGAUCACUGUCCUGGCUCUGAGGGUGCUGGGGGAACAGAAUGCCAUUCCCAAUACUGCCAACGUCACCUGCUUCUACCAGCCUGCACCUUACAUGGCUGACCCCAUAUUCAGCAGCUACUACAUUCCCCAGGCAGCACAGCCCCCCCUCCUUUACCACCCCUACCCUUUACAUGUCCACAUGCAGACCGGCCUGGUGUAGCCCCAGCAUGUGAGUGGGGGAGAGCAUGCGGGCUGCAUUCUAUAUGGUUCCACUCUGUAACCAGAGGCACAAAAUAGAUUUUAAAAAGAAAACAGGCUGCAUGAGUGCAGUUUGUUCAAUGCUUUGAAAAUACACUGCCUAUGAUGUAAGAGACAGUGGACACAGAAUAGGGAGGAUUGGAGUUCUUUAGAUAAAGGCCGGCCACCACGUCACCGUAAAAAAAAUAAAUAAUGUUUUGAAUGGGAGAGAGAAUAGCUGCGAGGGAAAAUGUCAGAGAGAAGGAACCGUUUACGUGGCUGUUUCAGCUGCAUCAGCAGGACAGGCAGGCUUUGGCCGUGUUCAAGAGCAUAACAUCUGUGAUGCAUUGUGGGUAAAUGUUGACUUAAUGAUUUACAAAUAAUAAUGAGUAGGUAUUUAUGAUGCAAAAUUAGUUGUAGAUCAGUCAUCAGCACUGUCGGCUGCAAUGUCAAACAAGUCCUUUGUCACCUUCCUGUGACGGGGGAUCCUAGAUUGUCAAUUAAUGAGAAAGUUGUUUAACAUGACAGAAAUACUGUAUGAAGUGUAGACCGAGCAUUUCUUAUGUUAUAAACUGCGUGGUUCGAGUCCUGAAUGCUGAUUGGCUAACAGCCAUGGUAUAUCAGACUGUAUACCACGGGUAUGACAAAACAUUUAUUUUUACCGCUCUAAUUACAUUGUAACUAGUUUAUAAUAGCAAUAAGGUACCUCUGGGGUUUGUGAUAUAUGGCCAAUAUACCACGGCUAAGGGCUGUGUCCGCAUUGCAUCGUGGCUAAGAACAGCCCUUUGCCGUGGUAUAUUGGCCAUAUACUACACCUCAGGCAAUAUUGCUUAAAUAUACCAUAGUGAGGUAGAUGAGGGUCAAGUAUGCUGCAGUGGAUGAAGUUAGAAACGCUUCAAAUUAAAAUUAGACAUAUCAUAUAGACAAAUCACAACACACAAUGUACAAAUGAGACAGUAUCUGAUCAAGCCUGCUAUGUUUUAGAGAACCUCAAUAUAGCGUCAGUCGUUCUUCAAUUUAAGUGAAUUAACUUUCUUGAAGUGAUCAUACUUGGUUUAAUAUUGUAUUGUAAUCACAAAUCUUGAUAUGACAUAAGCUGUGCUUAGGUAUUGGGAAAAUGUGGAGUUGAGUACAUAUUGAUUUGUUAUCUGGGUGUUAACAUUGUCUGAUUGCAUCCUUGGUGAAUGUUUUAGUGUCUAAUGAGUGACAACAGUAAUUUAUCAGGGCAGAAUCAGGGUCAUUAAGAUGAGAGAUUCCAAAGUGGUUUAAACUAUCACCCCUCAAUUCCUCUUAUGUGGUAGUAUUUACAGAUAGUUAUGUUGACCGUGUGCGACAAUGACACUCACAGCAAAUGUAGAUUCACUCAAUUGUCAUUUCCCAGCGUGUGGCAUUUGAUUGUAUAAGAUACACAAAAGAGGUACUGUAAAAGACCUACAACAUGUAUUUUCAGCACAGGCAUGGCAGUGAGUUACUUUAACAGGCAAUUGAAUCUGAAGCACAAUGUAAACGUACGCAACCUUAUUGUUGAUUAGUGAACUAUAGAUGUAGCGGAUGUAUUUGUGAUUAACCAAUUCAAUAUUGAUGAAAGUCUAAUGUAAAUGUAACUGCAGUAAUCUGGUACUUUCAUAUACCAUAGCUUUGAUUGUAAAUUGUAAUACAGUAAUCUGUUGGGAUUCUUUAGGUGAAAUGAUUUUGUGUCGAACUUGUUCUGGAGCUACUAGAGAAACAUGAAUUUUCAUGAUCUCUGUAUUCAUUUUCAAAAUUUGCUGAAUUUGUAUGGUCAUUUUGAUAAUAAACCUCACGCACUUAAAUAGCCUCAGAUUUCUUGCAUUCAGCCUCCAGACAGUGAUGCUGAUAGUAAUUUCCCUGGAGAAAAGUGGCUGGUUGAUGCUGAACGUAAUUAUCACGGCUUUCAGACACGUGCAAAGCUGAGGUGACUUCAACAUGCCAGGGGAAGUAACACACUUGGAUUUUAUAAUCCAAAUUGAUCAAUUUGCCUGCUUCCAUCCAGAACCUCAGGAUCACUGCAGUGCAGUCUCUCUGGGAGUGCUGAAGCGACAUGCAGCAGAGGAGCACCUAGUAUUGUUGCUAGCUUGCAAUCUAACUCACCUUUCCAAUCUCCAGUGCAUUAGCUACAUUGGUUGUCCAUAGCCCAGCUAGCUGAGUCACCUCUAUCACAAGGCUAACUGGCUGAAAACAAACCAACCAUACCACCACAUUUUUCCACUCUCCUCCUAGAUUCCAUACCCUAUCCAAUGCCUAGACUGCUGCUACUGCUGCUGCUACUUCUCCAAGGUAGAGCAGGCAACUCAGAGGGGAAAAUGGUGUGGUCAGGGACAGGUAGGUUUGACAUCACUGCAGAGAUAUGGUGCAUCUUUAUGACUCAUCAUGGCUCUUUGAAGGGGCAGCCAGAGAUGACUCACCAAGCCAGGGAUAGGUUUGAAACAGCCAGACAAGAGUGGCUAUAGUCAAAUUUACAGGGCCCGGGGAAGAGUGGCAGCUCAGUUUGUACCAAGUGUGUUGACUGGCAAUAUGUGCAAACCAUGUCGUGAUGACUCAAAUGAUAACACGUUGACAGCAAGGGGUUUAGGAAAACAAAUAUGGAGGUACAGGAGAAAAUGGCUGGAACACUUAGCUAGAGGAAAUGAGAAUUCACAGUCCGUCUUUCCAUGAGAAGUGACAGAACAUGUAAAUCAUGGUAAAACAUGUUUGUGUUUAUAGAAUGUGACUGAAUUAAACUGAAA